ACUUUGAUCGGUUCGGAGCCGCGGUGCAGGAGCCGGACGAUGCUGGCGCGGAUCGACAGUAACGUAUCCGCGCUGGACCGCGCAGGAAGUCAGCAGCGAGCGAGAGAACGGGCGCCUCUCUCGAGAGGAAGAGGAAACGGACGAAGAGGAGGUUUCGCCGAUCAGGCAUGUGAAAUUAAUGCUCGCGCGGUUUCGUACGGAGAUUGCACGAGACGUCGAUUCGCCGAACGAUUUCCGGUUGUGCCGAUUACCGCAGUCGCGCGCGGCAAUUACGAACAGUCCUCGAAAUCGUAGGGAGAGUAAAAAACAAAAGUAGGAUUUCUACGGUGUCGCUCGUCAGUGCGUGCGGUGAAACUCGAGCUUGCAACACCGGCGAGAGAAGUUGAAGAAUCGCGUUUAUCACAGAUCGACUCGAUUGUCCGCCGAUUCUCUUUUCGCGUAAAUCGCGGAACUGUGAGUUUGAAAAUCGGUGCUGCUCUUGCGAAUUCGCGCCGUCGGCUCGUGAUGGGAUCAGCUGUGCUGACGCCAUCGGUCGACUGGUGAACGCGAGGCUUUGAGCGCGCUGCCGAUUCCGAAAUCGACGUUGCAAGAUCGGCGCCGGCGCCCUUCUGCCUGGCACCAUUUUUGCUGACAUGAUAUACCCCUCGAGUCAUCAGGCUCCGACGAUGUCCUCCGCCAGGAAAAUUUCACCCAGACCGCAGCACCGAUCCGGGAAAUCGGCACCGACGCCGAACUCACCGUCACCCUCGAAGGGCCGACGGACUCUCGAUCGAAACGGCGGGGCCGAACGCUGUCGCGGAAGGUGCAGAGUUCAGUGGAGCGAGAAACACGUCAAGGAGGGCCUCGUCCUUGUCCAGGAGUCGCAGCUCGCCCGAGUCGUCAAGACUGGACCGAUUUCCGAACACUACGAAAUCGAUCCGAAGCCCUUCGCCAGCGGACAAUGGGCAAAGGUUUACCGAUGCAGAUCUCGAUCUACGGGGAUCGUCUACGCGGCAAAAUACUCGUCGAGAAAUCGGUUCAACGCCGAUUGCAGCGCUGAACUUCGACACGAAAUAGCUCUCCUCUCGCUCUGUUCCCAGUCGCCGCGCGUCGUCCGACUUCACGACGUCUACGAAACCCCGAAGGAAAUCAUCCUGGUGAUGGAAUUCGCUCCGGGAGGUGAUCUUCAGACUCUGAUAGACGGCGACUUGGUCCCUCUGGAAGGCGACGUGGUCCACUUCGUCCGACAGCUGGUGGAAGGCCUCGCCUAUCUCCACGAGAGGAACAUCGCUCACCUGGAUAUAAAGCCUCAAAACUUAGUGAUGAUGGGGGCUUUCCCUGAGUGCGACGUGAAGCUGUGCGAUUUUGAGAUUUCGCGAGUUGUGCUGGAAGGAACGGAAGUCAGAGAGAUACUCGGGACGCCGGACUACGUGGCUCCCGAAAUUCUGCACUACGAGCCCAUCACCUUGGCAGCUGACAUGUGGUCCCUUGGAGUGACGACAUACGUGUUACUGACUGGAUUUUCACCAUUCGGAGGAGACACAGACCAGGAAACCUUCCAGAACAUCUCACUCGGUGAAGUUGAUUUUCCAGAGGAAUUAUUCGAGGACGUUUCAUCACAGGCGAAGGACUUUGUGGCCAGACUCCUCGUGCCGGAUCCUAGAGCACGCAUGAACGCCAAACAAUGUCUUCGUCACGAUUGGCUCCGCGGUGCUCCGACUCAGGCUUCGCCGCACCUUCGAAGGUAUCUGUCAAAGUCGCGAGAGGUGUUGCUGGAACGAGUCGUAAGCCGGGAGAACCUGAGGAGAGCGACGCUCCUGAGCCAAGCGAGGAGCCACGCGAAUUUGUCGGAGGGAAACUGCAAGGGGAUCCAAGGACUCGGGGGAAAUUUGAGCCAAAGCGAGAUGUGCCUGCAGAGCUACGGCAUGACCGGAAGUCAAAUCAGCCUCCCGGGAAGCGAGGACGGCGUCAUAAGUCCGUCGGACUCGCAAGUCAGCCUCGAGUCAACGUAUCAGAACGCCGAGUUUGCGCUGAGUCAAAGUUGCCUGCUUAACAAAGAGCAGACUCAAGGCCUGCUGAGUCAGGCGCAGAGCAAAUCUCACGCCAACUUGAGCCACGGACCGAGCAGAGGAAUCCUUUCGAGGAUGAGAAACUUGAGCGAGACUCAGUCACAGUUCUGUCUAUUGAACAUGGCGAAGAACAUUCCUCGGCACGUGAUGAAUCCGCUCUUCAGCAGGUCGCGGGAUAAGCUAUACGGCCUCAAAAGCCUCUCCAAGUCCCAAGGAGUCCUGGACAUAUACAGGAGCCUGGAGUGCCUCAAGACCAGGAAGAACCAAAGGGCAAGAACCGAAGAUAUGCUUCCCGUUUUCAAACAACUAAGCGCUGACAUCGCGGCAUCUAAUGCUUCCCUCGGGUCUGCGGAUUGGAGUCUGGACUCGGGCCACACUUCGGAUUCGCUCUACCAAACCGGUGGAGACGAGGUUAAAACGGACGGGAAUAGGAACGACGCUAAAGUGAACCUUGGAGCGAGCGGAGAUCCGGUGAAGACCAAUUCCAGUCAUCCGAACGGACAAAACUCGAAUGGAGCCGUAUCACCGGAAAAUGACAAGCCAGAAGUUGAACGUUCCCUGGGUAAUGGAAGGGUUUGUUCUACCCAGAAGCCAGAAAGCGCUUACGGAAAAUCCCUGACCAUUGAGUCACUAGUUGGAGCCACAAAAAACCCUUCUUACGAUUCUGAAGGUAAUCUGGACUCCUUGCAGUCAGUGGAAUCUAUCGAGUCAGUUGAGUCUGACACGCUGACGGAAGACUCGGACGAAACCCCGAACAGGUUGUCAGUCAAGCAGCCUAGCAAGCGGCAGAAUUCGGACAUAUCGAGUCAUUCGAACAAUUCCGGUAACUCCGACGAAAAGGACGAUCACUCGGAGUCGGAGAACGACGAACCGAAGUACACGGUUGCUCAGUUGGUUUCGGCGUUCAACAAGCAUCAGGAGGUCGCCUCGAAGACGAGCCUAGAGGCUAUUAUGACGGAGAAGAGAAUAAACGAGGUCAAUUUUCCCACCGGGCCGAAGGCUCUCAGGCUUUUCAUACCUGAUAUAAACAUCACGGAGAGCACGAUAGUCAGGCGAAAGACCAGCUACAAGCCGAGGAAGAACUGGGAGGAACUGAGGAAAAUGAACGAGAGAAACGAGGGCGUGACGAAGAGGAAUUUCGACGACUCCGGGAACGAAGACGAGGACGACGAUGACGAUAAAACAGCUUCGGAUCACGCGUCAGCGGUGGAUAACGAAAGUGUUCAUAUUUUCGAAAGUUCCGCGAACGUUACCUCUGAUACACGACGAUCGAAUGAGAGUUCGGUGAGCGCGGUAAAUUGUGAGGAUUCGAAUGCAGUGGAUCGGGUUAAGAUUGUGAUAGAAAUAGGGGGUAUCGAAGAUGCUGCGACGUCUCUGGAAGACCGUGAGAACGUGAAAAUCGAUGAGAAAUACAAGCAGUGCGUUGACGGUGUUGCCUUGCUCGGAAAAGCAGCGGAUCAUCAAACAUCGGGUGGAAAAGUAACGAAAGAGAGACCGGCAAAGGCUGAAACGACGAACCAGAACCGCACGACUACCAAGAGCCACAACGAAAGAGUGGCGAACUAUAUUUUCGCGGAUGUUGCGACCUGUAAGAAGGAAGACAAGAUCGAACCUCCGACCCGGAUGAAGAAGACCUCGGGAAAGGAGGACGGGAGGCCGACACCGAAGGUGGAUAACACCGUGAACCUCAAGGACAUCCUGCAGAGAGUGGACAACUCUCAAACGUCGCCGAAGGAGAAUCUAGAGAAUUUGCGGAAGAGAACGUCGAUCGCCAAGAUCAUACUGAACGACAACUUGACCCUCGACGAGGAUGCCAACAACAACGGGGGCGGCAGUCCAUCCAUACAGAGGGCAAAGAGCGAACCGCCGCUGAUCGUGACACAGGACAACAGGAAGAUGCAGCUCGGCAUUCCGCCGUCUUUCGUUAGGUCAGCAUCCCUCUCGAGUGAGAGCAGCUGCCUGACUCCAUCGAGCGUCCAGUCGGACAUCGGAAUGUCCUGGGAGGACGUCCGCGUUAAUAAAAGCCAAAUUCAGAGUCCAACCGGCAUUGGAUCGAUGGGUCUGGAGAGUAAGAACCUGCAGCGACGAAUCCCUGGGUGGGAAAUAUCGGGAGGAGACGGGUCCCAUAAAGGGCAACUGCAGAGCUGCAACGACGCUAAGGGGGGGUCGACUGUUAGCUUGGAGGAGAAAAAGAUCUGGGGCAAAGUGUGCACGGGUUCUUACACCCGGGCGAUGGAGAAAUUCAACGGUAAAAAUCCCCCCGAAUUGGGUGGGAAAAAAUCGUCGCCAAACUCGUUGGUAGCGUCGCACGAUCAGGCGGAAAAAACUAGGAGAAAAAGCAGCCCCGCCAUGCCGCAGUUCGUCAAUCCCUGAUGCAGAUCUUAGCACGUAGACGUGAUCAAUGUUACCAUGAAGCCAUAUGGCACCGAUCGUUUCGCGGAGAAAAUAGAUUAUAGCGAGACACACCUCGCAGUUCAGGUUUCCAUAGUUAUAAGCCUUCGGACCACAUAGACUGAAAUGAAAAAAAAAAAAAAAACUCCAACACCGACUACAGAGAUGUACCUAUAAGUGUAUGCUUAACAAGGGCACGUCCC